AUGGCAGCUUUAGAAAAAGCAGUUGAAACACCAGUAAGAGUUCAAACAGUUUUGCCAAAUGAUAUUAUGGAAGAAAUAGGGCAAAUUAAGCUUUUUAAUAAAUGGAGCUAUGAAGAUGUGGAAGUUAAAGAUAUUUCUUUGACAGAUUAUAUUCAGAUCCGUCAGCCAACAUAUCUUAAUCAUACGGCAGGUCGGUACCAGGUGAAGCGUUUUCGUAAAGCACAGUGUCCUAUUAUUGAGAGAUUAACAAAUUCUCUUAUGAUGAAUGGAAGGAAUAACGGGAAAAAACUUAUGGCUAUUCGUAUUGUUAAACAUGCAUUUGAAAUAAUCCAUUUAUUAACGGAUCAAAAUCCGAUUCAAGUAGUUGUUGAUGCUAUUGUAAACUGUGGUGUUCGUGAAGAUUCUACUAGGAUUGGAUCAGCAGGCACAGUUCGACGACAGGCAGUUGACGUUUCUCCGUUACGUAGAGUUAAUCAAGCUAUUGCCUUGAUUACAAUCGGGGCUAGAGAAGCAGCAUUUCGCAAUAUUAAAACUAUCGCAGAAUGUUUAGCAGAAGAGUUGAUUAAUGCAGCAAAAGGAUCAUCUAAUUCUUAUGCAAUUAAGAAAAAGGAUGAAUUAGAACGAGUCGCUAAAAGCAAUAGAUAA